AUGUCAGCCCCUACAGGCCUGUUCAACCGUAAAGACAAAUCAUCACCAGCUUACUACGGCCCAUCUCAGACUGCACUCUUGUUGCUCGACUUCCACAGUUUCCUGGUUGAGAAAGCCUUACCCGAGGAUGCUGGUCAAGCCGUCGUUGAAAUUGCGGUCAAGCUUCGAGACUGGGCCAAAUCGAAAGGCAUCCUAGUCAUCCACGGCUUGGUGGACGCCAAAGGCACUCCAUUCGCAACAUGCAAGGACCAAGUCGUCUUCGCCAACGUCCAGAAGAUGAUGAGCGAGACCGACGGCGGCGAUGAGCCUGCUGCUCUCACAGAAGGCGUCGAUGAGGACGAACCUACAUUCUUUCGACUCCCAGGAUACGUCUCUGCCCUUCGAUCCCCCGGGUUACCCCAAUUUCUCAUGACGAAAGGCAUCACAUCGUUAAUGAUUUGUGGCAUCAGCACUUCUGGGUGUGUAUUGAGGACUUCCAUGGCAGCAACAGAUCUUGAGUUUGUCGUCACGGUGAUUGAGGAUGCAUGUGCGGAUCCACAUCAGGAGGUCCAUGAUAUGCUUGUGAAGAAGGUGAUGCCGAACAGGGGAUACGUCGCUAAUGCGGCGGAGUUCAUGGAAGGGUUUGAGAGGGCGAGGGGAUGA